AGGGCCCCCCCGCUCUCAAGGGGGCCCCCUCCGCGCCAGCCCGGCGCCAGCCUUUUUGUAGCUGGGCUGGGAGCUACUGGGAGCGGCGCGUCCCCCUGCGGGGGUGCUCCCGAUGCCCGCCGGGGCGGGGCCGCCGGAGCUGAGCCGGCUCGCCCUGCUGCAGAAGUGCACCCAGAUCAUCGAGACCUUCGACCCGAAGCGCACCACGGUCGAUGCCUGGGCCGAGGACGCCGAGAUCCUGAAGGACAGAAGCCUCGGAGAUGUGGAGCUGAAAUUCAUCCAUCAGGUCUUCUACGGCUGCGUCCGGUACCAGAAGUUCCUGAAGCUCUUCGUCACGAGCUUCAUGUACAGGUGCCCUUCGCAGGCGCUCCGGGCGGAGCAGCCGUUCUAUACCGUCCUGGCCUACCUGCUGUUCUUCAGGCUGGAGGAGCUCGGCGUGGCGGAGUUCAGGCAGUUCUUCGUCAGCGGCUGCGUCCAGGCGACGGCCUCGCUCGAGCUGCUCCGGUAUGCCCUGGACCAGGAGGAGCUGGAGAAGUGGGUCAAGAUGGAGUGGUGCAAGCUGUAUGAUAUGUCCUACAUCGAGAACGACAUCAUCGGCAAGCUCCAGAACUUGAGGCCCGAGCUGCAGCCGCUCCUGGACGAGGUGGAGUUCAAGGCGACGGGCACCGCAGUCACGGCCGAGGGCACGCUGGUCCCAACCGAGAAGCGGAGGGUCACCGAGGCAAAGCCGUUCAACCUGACGCGGCCGAAGCCCCGCCUGAUCCCGGAGCCGGAGGUGAUAGUCAAAGACUACAAGGCGAAGCCGCCGCCGAUGCCUGGGCCGUCCCUGUCGGCGGUGGAGGAGGAGAAGCGGCAAAGGCUCGAGGAGGAGAAGGCCCGCGUGGCCGCCAAGUACUCCGCCGUGGCGAGCACGGCCCCCCGGCAGGAGCCGGUGAAGGGCCUCAGCUCCAAGGAGCGCGAGGAGCUGUCGCGCAAGGAGG